AUGCCCAGUGAAACCACGACUAACAAAGUAUCAUUAUCCACAAAACCAACAGAAUCAAGAUGGUUGGCUAUAGCUAAUUUACCUGAAACGGCUACUGAAGAUACAAUCAAAGAAUGUUUUAAACGACAUGGCCGUGUUCAAUCAGUUAGAAUUGAUGAUCAACGUUUUGCAUUUGUUGCUUUUUUGGAUGUACGUACAGCAUCAAAAGCACAUAAUGCUGAAAAUAUUCUCGAUGAAAAACGUUUACGAACAGCAUUUCAUGAUGGUUCUAAUUCUGUACCAAAAGCAUUAUUAGAACCUUGUCCACAAUUAAUUCAACCAUUGUCAACUUCAAAUAUAAUAUUAUCUGAACAACCAUCACCAUUGAUUUCUUCGACAAUUGUUGAACCAUCAUCAUCAUCAUCUUCGUCUUCAAAUACAUCAAAUAUAACAACAGUGACAAAUUCAUUAUCGUCUAAAACGAUAAAUGGUGAUCGAGAUAAACGUAUAUCACGUACACUUGAUAGUCCUGAUGAAAAUGUUCGACAUCAAGUUGUACCUGUUAAACGUGAUUCUGAUUCAUCAGGAAGUAAGAGAAAAACAUCGUCGACAAAAAAUUCAAAAACAACAAAUAGUUCACAUUCAACAAUACAAAAACCACCACGUCGAAAACAUGAAAAUUCAUCACCAUCAUCAUCAUCUUCAUCAUCAUCAUCAGAAUCCGAAAGAUCGAGUGAUGAUAGUAUUUCAUGUAAAAAUCGUCGUCGUAAUCCAACUAAAACUCAUUCAUCAUUAAAUGAUGGAAUGGGUAAAACAAAAAUAUUAAAAAUUUAUCAUUUACCAUCAAAAACUUCUAAAGAAUCAUUACGCGAAUCACUAUGGAAUUUAUUUGUUGAUUUUAAAAAAUCAGGUCGUUUAUUAACAGUUAAAAUUGAUGGUGAACAUGAAUCACGUUAUGCUUUAUUAACAUUUAAAAAAUCUGAUGAUGUUGAUAAAGCAUUAACAUUUGCAAUAGCAAAAACUUUAUAUGGUGUUAGAUUAAAAGCUGAACCAUACGAUGGAAUUAUAAAUGAAAAUGAUGAAUGUGAUAUAAUGAAACGUACAAUAUGUUCAGAUCCUGAUAUUGAUGAAUAUUCUAUAAAAGCAACACGUACUUUAUAUAUAGGAAAUCUUCAAUCAGAAAUAUCUUAUAAUGAAUUACGUGAAACAUAUUCAGCAUAUGGUGAUAUUAUUGAACUUGAAAUAAAACGUCAAACACAAUCUCCACAUCAAUUACCAUUUGCAUUUGUACAAUAUGCUGAUAUUAAAAGUGUUGUUAAAGCAAUGAAAGCUUUUGAUUCAAAGCUUUCACGAGAUCAUUCAAUUAAAUUGGGAUUUGGUAAAAGUCAACCAACAAAUGUACUUUGGCUUGAUGAUUUACCAUUAAAUGUAACAGAAUCUUCAAUACGUACUUUUAUAAGUCGUAAUACAAAUUUAUUGACUUGUGAUGUUGUUGAUAUAUUUAUUGAUAAUCGUAACAGUCAUAAAAGUCAAACAGCACAAUGUUUAAUUUAUUUUACUGAAACUCGUGUUGCACAAGAAGCUAUUAAUUCAAUACGUGGAAAAAGACUUGAUUCAAAAAGAAUACAAAUAGAUUUUGCUAGUAAAGUAUUUGUUACAAGAUUUUCGGAUAUUAUUGAAGAAACUAGUCAUAAAAAAAAUUAUGGUGGUUAUCCACCUGAUGCAACUUAUCAUGCAGAAUCUCGAGUUGUAUCAAAACGUAACGGUACAACACGUGAAAUUGUUCCUGAAACAAUUCAAACAUUUGAUACAGCAUCUACGCGAACAAAUAGUAGUGAUCGAUGGUCCAAUGCAUAUAAUAAUAGUAAUCGAUCGCAACAUAAAGGUGAUUCAAGACAUUCAUCUGAUCGUCGACAUUCAAAAGAAUAUGGUAAAGGAACAAAUAGUACAUUAAUAUCCAUUCCAUCAGUUGAUAAUGGAACAAUUUGUGGUUCAUCAUUAAAUGCUCGACGACAUCGUUUAUCAACUUCAUCAAAAGAUAGUCUUUCAAAUAAUCUCUCAUCCGGUCGAAAUCCUCAUCGUAGUAGUCAUAUUCGUCAUCAUGCAUCAUCAACAUCAUCUUCAUCUUCAAGAUCAUCAUCAACAUCAAGUCAUAGUUCAACAAGUACAAAUAGUCUUGAACAUCAUUCAAAUUCACAUCAAAAACAUCAUACAAAUAAACAUACACAUAAAUCAUCAAAAAAACCAUCAAAAUCUUCAAUAAAUAAUAAUAAUAUAAAAAUUUCAUCAGGAAAAAAAUCUUCAUCAAAUAAAGAACAUACAAUUAAAUCAUCAUCAAAUCGUUCAAGAUCAAUUAAAUCAGAAAAAGAUAAUGAUUCAUCAAUAAUCAUUCCAACAUCUCAACAACAACCAAAUCCAGUUAUUCUUCCAAGUUUAACACUUGAAGAUCAAUUUGAAACAAUAAAAAAAGAUUCAACAACACCACCACAACCACCACCACCACCAUUAUCAUCAUCACAAUUACCAAAACAACAAACAACAACAACAAUUCAUUCAUCAUCAUCACCAAAAGCACCAUUAAAAAAUACUGAACGUGUUUUUGAUUGGCUUAUGCAAAAUCAUUUACAUGAUAGUAAUAGUUCAAUGGGCUUAGAUCAAAAUGAUGAUGAUGAACAUACAUUAAAACCAAAACCAGAUGAUGAUAGUCUUGAAAAUGUUAGUGAUGAACAAACAUCAAAAACAUCACCACCUAUUGAAACAAAUAAUUUAAUAUUAACAACAAAUAUGAAAUCAUCAUCAUCAACAUUAAUAAAAAAUUCUAAAAAUGAAAAAUCUUUAUUAACAUCAGCAUAUCGUUUACAACCAAUACGUACAGGUAAUAAACGUGAUGAACAAAUUGAUAAUAUAAUAACAAAUGAUAUUCAUUUAUCACCAACACAAACAUUAACAACACCACCACCACCAACAACAACAACGAUAAUAAAAGAUGAGUAUGAUAAUCAUACAAAUCAUCGUCGUUUACAUAAAACAAAAUAUCAUUUAUCAACAAAUCAUACAAAAACAAUUCCACUUGAAACAAUAUCAUCAUAUGAUCAAUUAGAUGUACGUUUAAGAAGUUAUCCAUCAUUAUUUAAUGAUCAUAUUGAAUCAAUACGUUUACCAUUUCCACAAUUUGCAUUUGAACAAGUUAAAACUUCAACAACAUCAUCAAAUGUUCUUGUUGUACUUAAUCCAAAAGCACAUUUAAAACAUUCAUCACUUGGUUUAAAUAAUCCAUCAUCAUCAUCAUCAAUACCAACAAAUACAUUAACAUCAACAAUAACAACAAAAUAUGAUCUAUCUAUGGAUACAAAUCUUCUUAAUAUUAAUAAUAAUAAUGAUGAAGAUUUAUCAACAACACGUAUACCACUUGAUGAACGUAUUAGAUUAUUAGAUAAACAAAUGUAUGAAAUGAAUCAUGGACAACAACAAAAAUCAACAACAACAUCAUCAUCAUCUUCGUCAUCAAGUUCAUCAUUAUCACCAGCUAUACUUAUUGAACAACAAAAUUUAAAACCAGUAAUAACAACAACACCAACAACAACAUCAACAACAACAACACUAACAUCAUCAUCAACAAUAACAAAUACAAAUGCAACAGCUAAAAGUGUUAAUGAACUUGUAUCAACACUUUCAGCAUCAACACCAUCAACAACACUUGCACAAUGUAUACAAGCAGCACGUGCUGCUGCAUUAAAUGCACAACCAACACAAACAAUAUCACCAUCAAAAACAACACCAACUAUAUCAACAACAUCACCAUUUCAUUAUCCAAUUACAUCUAUACCAACAUUAAAUUUAAAUCAUCGAAGUAUUUCUGUUACAUCACCAUCACCAACAAAUAUAUCAGUAUUAACACCACCACCGCCACCACCUCCACCUCCACCACCAUUUACAAGUUUACAACGUUUACCAGAUCCAUCAUCAAAUUCAAUAUUAACAACAUUUCAUGCUGCUAUUGCUCAAACACCAUUUGCAACAAAAUAUAAUUCAAUGUCAUUUGCUACUACACUUCAUCCUCCACCACCACCGGUGCCAGCUUCACUCAUAUCACCAUCACUUAAUCUAAAUCCUACAUCAACACAUAAUACACCAUCAUCAAAUAAUAAUCUAAUUCCAACAUUAAAUUGUCCUCCAUCAUCAUCAUCAUUACCUAGUCGUUCGAAUUCAACAAAUCUUUUAAGUCCACCAGCAUCUAAUAUUUCAUCUAUAUCAUCAUUUCCAGAUUCGUCAAUAAAUUCUCCAAGUACAUCAUCAGCUAAAAUUCUUGAACGUCUUGGUCCAUCAGCUAAAGUUAAACGUAAACCAAUUCCACCACCAUUAGCUGUUAAUACAACAUCAACAAAUAUUAAAGAUUCACCUAUUUUACCAUCACCUGAAUCAACAACACCAACAAAUACAGGAACAAAUAUACAUCAUUCACCAGUAACAAUAUCAUCACCUGUACUUCAACAUCAAACAUCUAUUGGUUUAAAAUCAAUAUUAAAACAACGUUCAUUAUCAAAUCCAUCACCAACAUCAUCAUUAUCACCAACAAAUGAACGUAAAUCAUCAACUAAUUAUGUAUCACCAUUAGCAUCAAAUGAAAUACGUUCAACAUCACAAAUAAAUAAUCGUUCAACAUCAAUUGAAUCAACAACAAAACGUACACCACCAACAACACCAACAACACCAACAAUAAUAACAAAUGAAAAGAAAAAAUCUCUUAAUCAACAAGAUACAAAUAUAUUUACAAAUGAUAUUGAUGAACGUCAAACAGAUGAAAAAAAAUCUACAUGGCGUACACCACCACAAACAACAAAACAAACAUUAUCAAAUGAUACAAAAAAACCAACAUUAGAUAAAAUUCCAAAAAAAUCUUCAGCAAUAUCAACAACAACAACAACAACAACAACCACAAAACCAAAUGUAAAUGAAUCCAUAAAAUCUACAACAAAAAUAAUUAAAACUACUAAACAAACACAUGUUCCAACACUUGGUUCAAAAGUUCCACAAUUAACACUUGAACGUAUAGAUCCAAAAACUUUAAAAACAACAACAACUGGAUCAAUUGAAAAAUCUAUAAAUAAAUCUUUGAAAUUAAAACGUACACAUAUUAUUCAAAGUGAUAGUGAUACAGAAAAAAAAUCAAUUGAUAUACAACAUAAAACAAAAAAAUCUUUAUUAAAUAAUGAAAUAACAAAACGUAAACAACAACAUCAACAAAAAAUAAUAACAACAAAAAAUAAAAAUCAAUUAAUUAAAACUAAAAAUAAAAUUUCAACAAAUACAAAUAAAAAACAAACAAUUACAGAAAUACAUUCAUCAGCAUCAGAUAAUGAUGAAAAAAAACUUGAACAAACAAUUAUAAAUUCUGAUCAUGAACAAACAUCAACAGAUAAUGAUGAAAAAAUUAAAAAAGAAAUAAUAAUUAAUAAACGAACGAAAAUAACAAAUAAAAAUAAAUUAAAAUCAACACAAAAUCAUAAUAAUUGGAGAGAAUUAUUAAAACAAGAUACUAGUAUGUAUGAUAGAAUUAAAAAACGAGCAAGAAGUGAACAAACACGACAUAGUUCAUUAUCAACAAGUGAAGGUCAUUUAUCUGAUGAAAACAGUGAUGAUGAUAGUAGUGAUGAUGAUAAUGAUGAUGACGACGAUCAAAUGCCUACUCGACCAGUCAAUAUUACACCAAAACGACAUAAUGUUAUGAUGAGUGAUUCAUCCGAUUCUGAAAUUGAUAGAUCUUCAAAAGCUAAAACUAAAAUAUCAACUGCAUUCGAUAAUAAUGUAUUCGAUGCUGAAGAAAGUGAUGAACCAACUAAACCAAUAAUUCAUAAAAAGAAAAUAAAUCAACAACAACAACAACAACAACAACAAACACAACAAAUAAAAAAACCUUUAUUAAAAACAAAUAGUGAACACAUAAAAAAAGAAAAAUUAUCUAAAAUUAAUAAUGAUGAACAAUCAAUAACAACAACAAAAAAGAAAUUAUCUACAACAAAGACAAUAGAUAAAAAGAAAUUAACAGCAAAUUCAAUAAAAUCAACAUCAAAAAUAUCGAAAACAACAAUAUCAACAUCAAAACGUCCAUCAACUGAUGAAUCAAAUGAAUCAACUAAAAAACUUAAACUUGAUGAUGAAAAAUCUAAAAUAAUUUCAAUUGAAGAACAACCACCAUCAAUCAUAAUUUCAAAUGAAUUAGAAAUAUCUCAAACAACUAAAUCUUCAAUUAUUCCUACAUCAUUAUCCGAUGAAACAUCAACAAAUGAACCAAAAAUUGAUGAAUCAUCAACAGAAAUACAAUCUCAAACAACAACAACACCAACUAAAUUUGGUAUUGUAUUUACUAGUCAUCAUCGUCAUUCAACAACAACACCAUCAUCAUCAUCUAUUCAAACACAAUCAACUGAAACAUCAAAAAAUGAUGAUGAAAAUAUGGAGAAUGAUAAUGAAUCAAUAUCUAUACAUAAUAAUGAUAUAACUAUAAAAGAUGAACCAAUAAUAUCAAAUACAAAUACGUUAAAACCACCACCAACAAUAACAACAACACAACCACCAUUAAGUGAUGAUGAAACACUUAAUCCUGAAACAAUGCAACUUAGUGAUUUAAUUAGUACACGUAUACGUGAAGGAAUAAAACCAAUGCAAUCUCGUUCAACAACAAAAACAACAGGUAAAAGUAAACGAACAUCAAAACAAGAUACAUCAUCAUCGAAUAAACGUCAACAAACAAAAACAAAUUCUAAAAUUAUACAAUCUAUAAUAUCAAAUGAAAAAGAAUCAGAAUCAAUAGAUUCUAAUCAAUUAUCAUCUAUAGAACAACCAGUAUCAAUAUCAACAAAUAUAAAACAUUUAUCAACAACAGAAUCUUCAUCUAUAUCGUCUCCAAUUAAUGAUAAACGUUUACGUAAAAGUACAGAUGAUUCAACAGUACAAUUACAAAAUAAAAUUGAAUCUAAUGAAAAUCUUUCACAAACAACAACAGCAACAACAAAUAUACAAACGAAAGAAGAUACUAUUGAAUCAACAAUAUCAUCUGAAAAUAAUAAACAAGAUAUUCCUUCUCCACCACCACCAUCAACAACAACAACAACUAUUGAUCAACCACAAAUAACACCGAUGGAAACUGAACAAAUUCCAUUAUCAUCUUCUAUAAUAACAUCAACUCAAUCACCACCACCACCACCACCACCACCACCACCAAUAACAACAACAACAAUGCCAACAACAACAACAACAACAACAAUACCAACAACAACAACAACAACAACAACAAGUACUGAAACUGAAAUAGCUAUUAAAGCAUUAUGUUCAUCUAUUCAAAUACCUCAACAAUCAUUAACUAAAACAUCUAAUCUAGAAAAAUCAUCACCAAUUAUAGCACCAAUAUCAAAAGAAACAUUACCUAUUGUUGAACAUCAACCAACAUCUAUAACAACAACUCCGAAAUUAUCUUCACAUGUUCCAAUUAAAUCAUCAUUAACAUCAACAUUUAAUGAAAAUGUUGAAGAAACAUUAAGUGCAGUAAAUAGUCUUCUUAUGCUUAAUAAUAAUCCUUCAAAUAUAUCCGGCGAUCAUCCAGCAAUAAAAGGUGCUGCACGUGUAACACCAACAAUAAGUACACCAGUUUAUUCAUAUGUAGCAUCAUUACCAAGUCCAACCGAUCAACAAACACGACAAUUAAUAACAUCAACAACAAGUAUUUCAACUAUUCCAACACAAAAAAGUGAUUUAAUAACAAUGGUAUCAAAUAUUGUUUCAUCAUCAAAUGUUACUGGAGAAAAACAACCACCAUCAGUACCAACAACAACAACAACAACACGAACACAUAUUGAAGAAGUUAUUGAUGAUGUUGCUAAAAGUUUAUCAACAACAACUAGUAUCAUAACAGAACCAACAACAUCUAUUGUUGAUACAAAUUCCUUAUCAUCAUCAACAUCUACUAGUACUAAUAAAUCAACAUCAAUACCAAAUAUAUUACGUGAUGUUAUGAAAACACCUUGUUUAACAUCAACAACAACACCAGCAACAAGUGAAACAUCAAAUUUAUUUGAUUCACAUUGUCAUUCGACAUCACCAUUAAAAACAACAACAACAACAACAACAGUAGCAGCAAAUAAUUCAACAACAACAACAACAACAACAAGUUCAUCGACAACUCCUGUUGUACCUGUUAUUAUUCGACCAACAGUAUCAAAAACAUCAAGUCAUAAACGUUCAUUAACACCUAAAACUGAACCAACACCAACAGUACCAUCACCAAUAAUGCAUCAAUUUCCACAUAUGCUUACACCAGAUGGUAGUAUAUUUGCUGCAGCAGCAGCUGCUGCUCAUCAUCAAAAUUUUCCAUUUUCAUUAUUUGCACCAUUAUCAUCAAAUCCAACAGGAAAUUCAUCAUCAAAUUUACUUGCUUCAUCACUUGUUUCAAAUUCUCCACCAUUAUCUACACGAACAUCAUCAACAAGUAGUAGUAGUCCAAGUAGUCAUAUUACUAAUAAUCCAUAUAUUAAUACAAUUAUGACUGGACAACAAAAUUCAUCAUCAACAAAUUCAAAUCCACAUACACAUGAAAAAGUAUCAAAACGAGAUUCUAUAACUACAAAAACUUCAGGUACAUUAUCAUCAUCAAAUCGUCCAACAUCUAUUCAACAAACAGUACCAGUACCGAUUGCAUUAUCUAUUCCAUCAUCAUCAACAUCAUCAACAUCAUCAUCAUCAUCAUCAUCAUCAAAUGUAACAACAAAUACUAUUGUUAAUCAACAACAACAGCAAUCACCUUUAUUAAAUUCACUUGAUGCUGCUGCUUUGCGACAACAAACAUCACCAUUACAACAAUUUCUUGGACCAGAUUCUGUUGUACCAUUUCGUAAUGUUUAUGCUGAAGCAUCUGAACUUUAUGGUGCAUCAACAAGUCUUUAUUCAUCACAAAAUAUGGCAUAUGCUGCAGCUCAACAAAUGCUCAAUGUUAUUGGUAUGACUAGUAGUCAUCAUCCAUUUGCUGCUGCUGAAUUAUAUCCAAAUCCAGAAUCAUAUUUUCGUUUAAAUCCACCAACAAAUGAAUUAUCACGUGAUCCAUAUAAUGUUCAAUGGCAAGGAAAUUUAAUAUUAAAAAAUGAUCAAGCAUAUGUUAAAACUCAACUUGUUGCUGGUAGUCCACAAAUAGCACGUGCAUCAAUGAAUUAUUGGAAUUCAGAUUCAUUAACAACAUCAACAUCAAAUUUACAAACACCUUCACAUCAUAAUUUACGUAUAUCACAACGUAUGCGUUUAGAGCAAGCACAACUUGAAGGUGUACAAAAACGUAUGCAAAUGGAUAAUGAUCAUUGUAUAUUAAUAGCUGAACCAAAUGGUUCAACACCAGAUGAAAUACGUAUACAACAAAAUAAUUUAAAAAAUGGUGUUAUACGAUAUUUUGAUGAAAAAAAAGCAGCCGGAAUUGUCAAUGUUUUAUUGCCCGGUGCAUCACAACCAGCUUAUGUUGUACAUAUAUUUCCACCAUGUCAAUUUGCAUCUGAAAUCUUACAAAAACGUGCACCGGAUACUUAUCGUUGUGUUGUUCAAAAUAAAAUUGAACAAAUUUAUUUGUUAAUUGUCAUAACGAGUACAGUUCAAUAG